GCUUCAAUGUUCCGCCCCAAGAACACGUAAUCAUGGUGUAGUUGUUGACAGCGUGUGGCGUGGAGAGGAUUUCAAUUCAUUCAACAGUAAAUCUGAUAUUGUGAUAUCUACCGCAGAAUGACUUCUAUGAAGGUUCACAUGCGUCCACUGGAUUUGUCCUUGAGGAUCUUUGGACUGUCACAUUUUGCUCAGACUAGCAGAGUGACGCCUGUUACUGAGAACAUUCCCCCGGAGAAGCAGAGCACCAGACGACACGUUUUACCCAGGAUCUUGAGAGUCUACUGUAUCUGCAUCUGCUGCCUGUUGGUUGUGAAUGUUUUACGAUACAUUCCAAGUUUCUGGGUAGGGUAUGACUUUGUUCCGAACAUCACGGCGCUGAGGAUUGUUUUUCUUCUGUGGUUUACCCAGAACGCCGUCACCGCCAUCGUCCUGUUUGUUUUCUUCGAUAAAAACGAACACUUUGAACGGUACGCAGAGCAGUAUAAUCGUGUCAUUAAUGACAGUAUCUCUAAACAACUGAAAACCAAUCCUGGCUGUAACAAAACUAAAAGAUGUAUGAUAAGAGUUCUAGUGAUAGGCUGGGUCGCCGUCAUCUUCAACACAGUUUCGGUUGUCCUCCUUAACUUCAUCGAUAUUUCCCCGGUUAUUCCGGUAUUGUUGUGCAAUCCGUUUCCUUACAAUUCCAUAAUAAUGAGAAUACUGGGGUGUCUGAUACAUUUCUUAUCAUCGGGAGUCUGGGCACUUCCGGUUGUGCUCCAUUACAGUUUGACGUCGGCGUUACAGCUCCGAUUUGAAGAACUCUACCGCGUUAUGGAGACCACAGCGUUAGACCAAUGUGAAGAUAGGUUCGACAUCCUGAAGAAUGUUCGCCAGAAGCAUUUACAGCUGUGUGAAAUGGUUAAUACAGUAGACCAAAGUUUGAGUUUCUACAUUGGUAACGUGUUUACCGUGAGCAUGGGCAUUUCCUGUUUCGCGACAUAUGUAGUCAUAAACGACAUAGAUUUCGCCUCCAACGUAUCAGAGGCUGUGCUUUUUAUAUUCUGGAUAGCCUCCUCCUUCUUCCAAUUGUUUUUCAUCUCCAAAAACUCGGCUACAUUGAACGAAAAGGCGCACGAUCUAUCUUCAGUAGUAUUCAAUAUUAAUUUAGACGGCGCCACCAUGCAGAACAUUGCACAGGUCAACCUUCUAGUGACCAAACUUCAUGGUCCGCCCAUUGGUCUCUCUGUGUUGGGCAUCAUCACUAUCACCAAGGAGAUGAUCCUGACGCUAAUCGGUGUCUUUCUGACGUACUUCUUUUUAUUGUUCCAGUUUCGGAUCUAGUCGAAUCUAGAACUAGAGAUGAUUCUAUGUAAGAAUCAGUGAACUACGUCCAAGGGAAUCACAGGAGUUUGUCCAGGCAUUGUCCAGUGUGUCAUGGAACUAUAUUGUAUUUUUUAAUUAAGAAAUAAGAGAACCACUCAUUUCUUGUUUUAAUUUAAUAUUACCUGUUAUACAACAUAUGCAUAGCCAUAUUUGUAGUUUAUAUUUUCCAAGAUUGAGAUAAGACUGUGUAUUAGGAACUGCAGUUCAUACCUGCUGUGAGUGUUCUAUCUUGAUCAGGUAAACAGAGUAAUCGUAGUCAACCUUAGUAUGUAAAGAACGGCCUAACAAUUGGUACGAAGCACUUCAGACAGCAUUCAACUGAAUGACAGAUUGUAUUUGUGAUAUAUUUUGUAGUAGAUCGUUAUAACGAUUGUGUCAUCAAAAUGCACGUCACUAUGUAGAUGUUAAUUUGUAUGACGACGUUUGGAAUAUCUCAGAAGUGACUCCGUCACAUGAUCUUAACAGUCAUUUGACCCGAUACACUCUGUACAUGUACAUUCUGAAAUCCUAUAAAACAAAAUCACGUCGCAAACGUCAGAUACUAUGGCUAUGAAAUUUAAGGCAAUUCAAAAGAUGUUUUAGAGCGUGGUCUGAUUUACUUGAAAGAAUGCUGGGAUAGUGAAAUAUAUCAUGAUUUCAUUAAAAUGUGGACCACAAUAUCGACCAUCCUUAAAUUUGGAGG